AUGCAUAGAAACGCUAUCUUUGUCAGGCUGAUCUUUAGCCUCGAAAUUUGCGCUGUCACAUCUGAUCCCUUUAAUAACGACUUCGAUCCAUUUGACGAGGACUUUGACCAUGUCUACAUCGACGACGAACUCGGAUAUGACCCGAGUAAGGGCUUUGAAGAGACUGACGAAGCGUCGGCCAUCUCUACGUCACCUCUAGAGCGACCACGGUUGAGGGUGAGCUCAGAAAACCCAUACAAAAAUCAACGGCCUUGGAGAGUAUUUGCUCCUGCGGGCGAAUACCCAGAUAACGAAGAGGAAUAG